AUGGCCCGUGAAGACCCCAAGGAAAUCCCCGUCAGAUCCAGAGAAAGCUCCAUCGGCGACGAAGCCAUGGCGGCGAUGAACCGGCCCAUGGACCGCCCGCUGUGGAUGCCGUUUGGCUCCUCCAGCCCCCCGCUGACUCUGCAAAUGAACAUGAAGAAGCCGAUGAUGAAGAAACCAAAGAAGAACGCCGACUUCCAGCCUCAGGACAUGCUCACUAUGGACUAA